AUGCAAUAUCAGACUUACGGUCAGUAUAAAAGUGCCAAUACUCUUAAAAAAUUGAUUGUUUGCACCAAGUCUGGCUCAAUAAGCUUCAUUUCAGAUGCAUAUGGGGGGGCUGCUUCUGAUCGUUUUAUCACAGAAGAUUGUGGUGUAGUAAGUAAAUUUAAGAGAAAUAUGGUAGCUUUGGUAGAUAGGGGUUUUAGUGUCCAAGAUAUAUUUCUGGCAUAUCAUGUGACAGUGGCCAUACCACCCUUUACAAAAGGAAAAACACAUUUUACAAAAGUGCAGGUUGAACAGGCUAAAACAAUUUCAAGGGCACGCAUUCAUGUAGAGAGAGCCAUUGGUCGUCUUAAGGAGUUCAAAUUGUUAUCACAUGAACUUCCUUUAAACAUGCUAGAUUUGGCUGACUAUAUCUGGAUUAUCGCUGGAGCAAUUACAAACCUUCAGCCAUCUCCUGUUAUUGAAUAG